GAGUUGCUGGCGUGUGUGACGAGAGAGAGAGAGCGAGAGCGAGCGGGGGCUCGCCAUGAGGAUAAUGCUACCGCUUCUACUACUACUACGCUGCGAGCGAAGAGAGCGAGGCCGCGCUCGCCAUUCCCACGUUCCGGAAUUGGGUCGCCUUCUGCGAGUGUGAGAGUGAGAGUGUGAGUUUGGAUUACGUUUGUGCACAAGACGAAGACGACGAGGAAGAAGCCACACAAGCAGAAGCUGGGUUGUUUGUGUAGCGAGGUUUAGGGGGGGGGGGGGGGUUAUAUCUCGCGGGUGAGGAGGAUAGUGUUUCUGUGAGCGAAUGUGGGUACUGUUGUCUUGGGCGCAAUGCGUGGUUAUACUUUGGUAGGUAAAGAAUCUGGGGUCCCAGUUGAGUGGCGAGUGUGUUGGUGACUUGAGGGAAUUCAAUUAGUUUGAAUUUCAGGGGCGGUGUUGUGAGCGCUGCAGCGUCUUGGGAUUUUGCAGCUUGGGAUAAAAUUUUGGAGUACUUGGGAAGCGUUUUGUGUGAGUUUUGAAGUUUUGGCGUGGUUUGGGUGGGAGAGAGCUGCCCGUGCCUGUGGAUUGGAGUGUGACGCUCUGGUGAUAGCUCGCGGUGAGGGCAGAAGGGACGAGAUUGCUGCUUUCUUUCAUGCUUUAGUUCCCUCCUCGCUCCAGUUUAGGGCGACAUGCAGGCCAUGGCGAGUACGUCGUGUGGGAGCGCCGUCGUGUCGGCACGUGGAUGUGUGAGCAAGCUGCCAUUUCAUUCCAAGCAUUGUGCUCAUCAUCUCGCCUUCACCAUAUUUCCGAAACAAAGAUUCUGGCAGGAAUCUCGUGAUGUGUUUUCUUGGUGGCUAGGUGACCAGAGAUUAGCCGUGACAAGCACAACGCGCACAAAUCCUAUUAAUUGCUCGCUUCUGAAAGAGAACGCGAAUGCGUCAGAAGGACCGAAGAACCUUGACACUGAGCCUCACAAGUAUUUCGAUCAGGUGGUCAUCACAGUGCGCUCGGGCGAUGGAGGCAACGGGGCUACCCUGAAGUUCCCAAAACCGAAAGUAGACGAUGGAGAUAAAAAAUUCAAGAAGGAAAAGAAAAUUCCCGGGACAUACAAGAGAGGGCCUGAUGGAUCUUUGAUAUUGCCCUUGGGAGGCCAUGGUGGCGAUGUAAUUCUCGUUGCGGACGAAAGUGCUGACACUCUCUUGCCACUCCAUCGGAAGAAACGCCAUAAUGCAAAACGUGGGUCAAACGUUAGUGCUAUGGGGACGCUGUCUCCCUCACUUCGGGAUGGAUUGGAUGCUCCCGUUCUUCGCAUCCCUGUUCCUGUGGGCACGGUAGUUAAAAGGAAGAGGGGAGGAAAGUUUUUGGCUGACCUUGCGAAACCAGGGGAUGAAAUUAUGGUUGCUCGUGGUGGUCGUGGAGGGAUAAGUGUUGUUGAAGCCGCAAAUAAUAAGCGUCUUAGAGACAGCGGCCUACCAACUAUACAAGAUCCUGACGACAAAGUUCUGACCCUUGGCGCUCCCGGUGAGGAAAUUGCACUUGAGUUGACGCUACGGGUUGUGGCAGAUAUUGGACUAGUGGGACUACCGAAUGCUGGGAAAUCAUCACUACUGGCAGCAGUGACGGUAGCAAAACCAGAGAUUGCUGCGUAUCCCUUUACAACACUUAUGCCUAACUUGGGGUGCUUGGAGGGUGAUCCUUUGAAGAAUGACGGGGGUUUCUCAAGCGGGGCGACAAUGGCAGAUCUCCCUGGACUCAUCAAGGAUGCUCAUCUUGGGAAGGGACUAGGAAGGAUGUUUUUACGACAUUUGCGAAGAACCAGAGUACUUGUUCAUGUUGUAGAUGCGUCCAGUCCAGAUCCAGUGGAAGAUUACACCGUUUUACGUGAGGAGCUUCAUCUCUACAACCCAGAGUAUGUUAGGCGACCUCAUAUUGUUGUUCUUAACAAGCUUGAUCUACCAGAGGCAAGGGAAAAAUUCGAAAGCCUGAGGGAGGUAAUUCAGAAUAUGGGUGUCGAUCCUGAAGUUGCCGAUGAGGAGACGGGCAACGCUGACUCCAACGGUUCUCGUUUGGCCAGAUUAGAUGACGUAGAACGAGAUAGUAGCUCACAAGGUGUAUCGAAGGCAGACCAACGCAAGUCAAAUUUAAAGGAAGAAACAGCACGGAAAGUCCAAGACUUUCGUCGCCCUGAGGCUGUUGUUGGCAUUAGUGCAAGGGUAGGAGAGGGAAUGAAAGAAUUGCUUGAAGUGAUUCGGGAUACUCUGCAGAAAGAGCAGAAGGAAGCGCAAAAGCUGAAACGAGAGAAGUUACGUGCAAGAAGACUCCAAAGUUCCACAAAUCUGAUGAAAGCUCCGCAGUGGCAACUUUGAGGGCUUCUCGGGAGUGUGACGUUAUUGGAACUGCAUAAUCAUAGAGUUAUUAAAGAUCAAUACAACUUUGACCUCUGUUUGCAUAACGUCUCAAAAUCCCUCAUCUAACUCAACCUGUGUGUCACGCUGGUGAAGACGAGUUCCUCGAACAAUAUUGACUAUUCAAACCAUGAACGCAACUCGUAAUUGCUGUACACAUGUUAUACCAAUAAGAAUUAGGAUAAGAUCAGCCGAGACCCUCCAUACUAUUCCUCAACGUUCUUCAGGGUAUGCUGAGAAGCGUAGCCUGGUUUCUGGGACUAGAAAAGGAGCCGGCAUCUGUUUGUCAUACAGCUGGUAGAUCAGAUUCACCAAGCUGCGGUUCUAACUGUACCGUAGCACAAAAUUGAA